AUGUUGUUGAAAGCUGUGUUAGUCUUGGGGGUAAUGAGUUAUGUGGUGAGUCCUUAUCCUUUAAUGACUGAUAAAGCUGUAUUAAAUGACACAUGGCCUGAGCUGGAGGAACUGUUUCCAAAUUACAAGGCUAAAACUCCAACAAACCCAAGUCUUAACACUUCGUGUUCACCCUUAACAUUACCACAAUUUCAGCAAAUCCGUUCUUCAGAUGUCCAUAAACUUGUGUUUAAGCCUGAAGGAAAAAGCAGACCGGUAUCUGAUUUGAUGAAGUCUAUAUUGCUGCCAUCACCUCUUCCUGAACCAGAAACCCCUCUGCCUUCUAAGCCAAGAAAUAUAGAGCUUUUGUGCUAUACUGACCGGAUAUUUGUGAGGGUUAGGAAGAGUCUCUUUACCACUCGAGAUGCCGGGAAAUAUCUCAAAGUGGGAACGUGUUCUGUGAAUAAAGUCACAGCUGAGCAUUACUACUUCCUACAUUGGAUCAACAGCUGCAAUGUACAACGUCAUGAAGAUGAAAACCGUGUCUUGUAUUCAAACAUGCUGAUGUAUGAGCCUGUGACUGAUGAACCAAUUAUUCGUGAACUAGGAUUUUCUGUGCCACUGGAGUGUAGUUACAACAAGCAUUUCCGCUCUUACAGCGUUGGCUAUCAUCCUCAAGUGGAAGCAGGGACUGUCUUUUUGAGCUUACAGGGUGGAGUCUCCAUCACACCUGUAGAUGAGAAUUGGGAACCUCUUGGUACGUCGCAGACUUAUACGAUUGGUCAGCCCGUGUACUUUGAGGCCAAGACUCCCUAUAGCCUUAAUGAAAAGGGGCUCUACUUGAGCAAGUGCUAUGUCACGCCUUCUCAGAACCCUGAUGGUAUACCUAAAUUCACUGUGGUGGACAACUAUGGAUGUAUGGUGGACAGUAAGAACACUCCUCAAAGCAAGUUCUACCCUAGUAAAGAUAGGACUACGUUAAGGUUCUCUGUGGGAGCCCUUGUGUUUAAGGACAUGGUUUCCCAGCCUGCAAACAAGUCGGAAAUGUUCAUUCACUGUGAAAUGUCUCUGGGACCAGAAAUACCAACUCCAAGCACAAAAUCUUGCUCCUACAAUGCAGAUACACAAGGGUGGUCAGAGUUGUAUGGAAACGCCUCAGUCUGUGCUUGUUGUGCUGCUUCCUGUCCUGCCCCAGAGCCCUCAGCAAGUAUGAAGAUUGCCAGCAACUCGUGGAUGGUUGAAAAGGGCAUGACUGACCAACCUAAAUCAAAAUCCUUUGAACUUGGAGAAGUCCUGGAUCAUGGCGGGUCUGAGAUGUUCUAG